CACCUCCCUUUUACUCCAACAACCAUCAACAUUACUUCUUGAAUCUUGAUAUCCUACUACUGUAUACCCAUUCCCAAUUUAAACAAACGCAGCAUUUGUGAAGUGAUCAAUCAGAAGAUGAAUAGUGCAGCAACUAAAGCUUGGAUUGUGGCUGCUAGUGUUGGAGCUGUGGAGGCUUUGAAGGACCAAGGCAUCUGCAGGUGGAACUAUGUCUUAAAGCACGCUCAACAGCACCUCAAAAACCGUGUUGGAUCACUGUAUCAAACAAGAAACCUCUCUUGUUCUUCUUCAGCUCUCUUUGCCAACAAAUUAAAGGGUGACAAGGCCAAGCAGGCAGAGGAGUCAUUGAGGACUGUCAUGUACUUGAGCUGUUGGGGUCCCAACUGAAAAAUUAGUUUAUGUAAAUAGUAAUUAUUGAUAGAUUAUACAAAUCUUGUAAUGUCAAACGACUCUAGUACUUUUUCAAUGAACAAAGUUUUCUUCA